UAGUUAAUAAUCAUACGAGAUACAAUGUUUGAUAGAAGUGAUAAUGAUUUUCUAUAAACGUCCAAGACGUCCAUAUUAUUUAAAACAAAUACCUUAUUUGAAGAACUGAAAUGAUCGUUUUGAAGUUUAUAUGUCUGGUUUAUUUAUCAUUUUUAACGUUCGGGAAUAUAUUUGCAUUAACUCAAAGUCGUACAAUUAUUUUAUGUGAAGACGAGAAAAUAAACAUUUCUUGCGUCGAUGGAAACAUAUCUAUUGAAACGGUGAUCUUUCCACAACAACGCUCACAAUGCAGUACUUUUCGUUACUGUGACGACAAGGCGACAAAAAUACAGUCGAAAUGUAAUGGAAAGAAAUGGUGUGCAGUGGAAACAAACGCCUUCAUACAUGGCCAAUGUACCAAAGUUCCAAGGCAUAUUGAUUUGAAUUUUACUUGUUCUCACUUUGAUGUCUUCAGGAAUAGUUUAAUACGUACCUAUCGAAAACAAGAUAUAUGUGGUUCGGUAGAAAAUGUACAGUGCUAUUAUAUAAAUAGUGUCGUUACUCACUUUUACGCCGGCUUUUAUUACAACAAUCUUGUCUCGUGUGAAAAACCAGUGGACAAAAUAGAAAAAUGCGUAGUAAGUGACCUCAGAUCUGCGUGUAGUGAUGAAAUGAAGUGCGAUAACAGGAAAGUAACAAAUCAUUUCUGUUUCUUUAUGCCGUUCAGUAUAGAGAUAACGUACAGCUGUGUUCAAGGUAAUAUUGUUAUCUCGAUAUCAGAAAAGAACCUUUACAUGCAGCAAUUGGUACGAGGUCGCGGAAAUUUUAUAUAAAAGUCAAGAGAGUAGGAAUGUUCUUUAUAGUGAAGCGUCAAACGCCCUCAUUUCGCUACCAAUAACUAUUAGUAAAUCAAUGAUAGGUAGUAUGAAGUUGUAUAAGCAUUGACACAUCUCAUUUCGAUGGAGACUAUUUGGCCCUGUACACUGAGUCAUGGUCUAUCGACUUUUAAACUUUUGCACAGGUUACAUGUUAAAGUUUGUAAUAGGUCAGAUUAAGGAUAACCACUUAUAUAUAAGUUAAUGAUAUUUGGUGUGCAGUUUUAUAAGGUUUGGCACAUAUCAUUACAAUUGGGAAUGUUUGGUCCGGCCCCCUCAGUCAUGGUCUAGUAACUUUGAAACGUUUGCAGUUCACACGUGUAAGUUUGUGAUUAGUAACGUUUAUUCUACGAACACAACAAUCUUUUAGUCGUAUGAUUUAAUUAUCAAGUCGUCCAUAUUGUUCACUGUCUAAAAAACAUGAAAUUGUUUUUGGUGAUAUUGUUGUUUUAAUUUACGCUUUCAAUCUGAAAAAAGGGAUUCGUACUAUGAUAAAAUGUAUGAUGUGUAGAAUUUUUAUUAAUUCGUUUACUCAUAUCUAAAAAAAAAAGGUAUUUGAUUCGAAAAGUAAACCAUGUGUAUCAAUUCGAUGACGUUGAAAGGAAUAAUUAACUCAUCAAGCCGCCCUUAAAAGGUAUUUAUGAUUUUUAUGAGUAUAGCCCAAAAGACCUUUAUUUAAUAAAGUUUUAUUUUCUAUUGUUGAAUACUUGCAGAUGCAACAAAUCCUCCGAUUUAUUUGCAACCAAUUCCAGAAGAUCCAAUCUUCAAACCACUCACAAAUUGGACUCCUACCAUGCACAGAUCAUAUGAUGAAGAUACGAAGCAUCACUCAAAUGAUACCAAAUAUCGUUUUCAGGUUAAAUUAGACAAUGAUUGGAGAGUUUUGAUACACGAUCGGCAGCUAAAUAAAAGUUUUGUCCUAUGCUCAAAUAUGUGGACUGACAAGCACGCUACUAUUGUUUGCAGAGAGCUUAAUUUGUCAGACCUUGGAUUUGCUAUUACAGUAACAAGAAAGAGGGAAUAUAAACAACAACGUUUCUAUGUAAACUGUUCCGGUAAUGAAUCGACAUUGCUGCUUUGUUCAUUCAACAAAACAUCUCAGAGGUUUUGUGAAAACAGGGACUCGGCUGUUCGUUGUACAUCAUUCAACACAAAUCCUGUUACAUCAACUGAGGUAAUUUUGCCAACAGAUAUUCAUUCCAACACAACAGGAACAGCAAUUGGUUUAAUUUCGUCAAUAGUAUUCAUUGCUACUGUAGUGUUUGUUAUCAUCGCCAUUUACAGGAAAAGGAAAAAUUCAAAACAUAAUUCUGGAUCAAACAUAUCAGCACCAAUAAAUUACCAAAAUUUACACAGAAGUGAUGGUUUGAGUGAAGGUGUUCCGCCUUAUCAUUGGUAUAUAGAUGGAAAUGCUACAAACGGUUCAGAUUCUCCUCUUGCCGCAAAUGCUGAAACAGGAAAUACAUCAUAUCCCGUAAAUGUUCCUCAAAGGGAAAAUAUAUCUGUAGAUUAUUCACAUGGAAUGGAAAGAAAUGUGGGAAACAAUUACUUUCUUAUUGAACCUAAUGAAAUGGAAGCAACCAUGGACAAUAAUUAUUCAGACAUAGAUAAUCCUGCUGCAUCGUCUUCCAGUGGAUUGCAACAUAAUUCACUCAACCAAAAUGAUUAUUUUGUUCUUGACCCGAUUGAAACAGGACGCUCAAAUGAUGUAAAUAAUUAUUCAGAAAUAGAAGAGUCUUCACCAAUCACCUUAAAAGAAAAGAAUGCAGUUUCGAUAUCAAAUAAUUAUGGCCAUUAUGCUAUUUUAAAAGAAGGUGUGUAUGAUGAAACAAAUAAUCGACGUCACGUUAACCAAGAUGUCUAUAAUAUUUACGAUCGGUCGAUUGAUGAAGCCUAUGACAGUACGACAUUUGUGAGGAAUAAAACACUAGACAUAACAUACGACCAUUUAAAACAACCCAACAAUAAUAAUGAUAAAAUAAUUAAUUAAUGUAAUAACAGUUUGUAAGGUGCCUGAAGGGAGGAAAUUUGUAUUUUUUCUUUCGAAAAGAUGAUUAGCCCAAAUUGUGUUCAUGAGGUACCAGAAGACAAGUUAUAAAUAUAAAAAUAAGGAGAUAUGGUAUGAUAGCCAAUGAGACAAUUAGCCAUCAAAGACGAAAUGAUAAAUAUCUGAACAAUCACAGGUGACCGUUAACAAUGAGCAAAUCCCAUCCUGUAUAGUACAUGUAACACAAUAACGACCCCAGGAUGACAAAAUGGGGAUAUAAAUCAAAAGAGAAACCCGAACUUAUACUACAACAAUAAACGAGAAAUAAUUAUGGCAGACAUCAACCAACGACAUAAUAGAUUACAGGCUACUGUCUGGGGAGGAGAGGGGAUAAACAUUUUCACAACGUGUUAACUUUGCAUAUACUGGUAUCAUAUAUAACACUGUUUUUCUUUUAAUUGAUAAUUCGUCAAAGCACAAUAUAUAUGUCAGAACCAAUCAUACUAAGUUUAUGUUCCAACGUGUUCGAUAAUAUCUAAUGUUACAUGUCUCAGUGAACAUGGAAUUAAGUAAAAUACAGAGGUAAUAAUGUGUGUUUCAUA